GCAGAAAUACACCAGCAAAAAUGCCAGACCAGAACAAGUACAACAGCAAGCUGAAGGACCAGCGUGUUCUCAUCAUUGGCGGCAGCGCGGGUAAGGAUCUCGAUCUAGCUGGCAAAGCUUCGCAGAUCUAACAAACCACAGGAAUUGGCUAUGGAGUUGCCGAAGCAUCAUUGGAGAAUGGAGCUCACGUUGUGAUCUCUUCUUCAAACGAGUCUAGAGUACAAGAAGCUGUUGCCAAGUUGCAGAAAGCAUACCCAUCAGCAGCCGAGCGUGUCAAGGGCUAUGCGGCCAACAUGGGCGACCAAGCCAGUCUUGAAUCGAAUGUCGAGGAGCUGUUCAAGAAGGUCGGCUCUAUCAACCAUGUCGUCUUCACAGCAGGAGAUUCUUUGGCUAUGAUGCCACUCGAGGAGGCCACCAUGGACAAGACCAUCCAAGCAGGUAUGGUCAGAUUCUUCGCCCCUCUGAUGGUAGCGAAGCAUGCUGCAAAGGUUCUCGACAAGAGCCCUGCCUCAUCCAUCACCCUCACCACUGGUAAUGUCAGUGAGAAGCCUAUCCCCAACUGGAGUGUCAUCAAUGGAUUCGCCACAGCUCUCCAAGGCACAACCAGAGGUCUUGCGCUAGACCUCAAGCCCAUCCGUGUCAACUUGGUCUCGCCUGGAGCCGUGGUUACCCCACUGUGGGACGGUAUCCCGGCGGAGCACAGAGAGCAGACUUUCAAGUCCUUUGAGAGUAAGAUGGCGACGGGCAAGAUGGGUCAGGUCGAAGACGUGGCUGAGGCAUUCUUGUAUGCAAUGAAGGACAAGAACUUGACGGGAAGCAUGAUCAGCACAAAUGGUGGCUCAAUGCUCAUGUGAGCAUGAGGGCUUUAAUCGCGUUCAGGCCCAAGUGUGAAGUCCUCAGCAUCAAUCAGUUGAGGACGCCAGACGAGGCGUGAAGAGAGUAGAAAAAGGGGGCAGUGGGGCAGCAGUGGAGAAAGCAAAGUUUUUGAAGUACAUAUCCGUAGCAGCCCAAGCGGCAACAUACGAAAUUCCACGACUUGUUGAUUGCAGCGAGCUAGAGAACAGUGGAUGGACUGUGCAG